GCGACUGCAUAGCAUCCAACCAUUUCAACGAACUCCCAAGUCUAAAUUCCCCAAGUCAGUUAAAAAACCGAAGAUCUGGGGAUCAUCAGCUUAGCGAAAAAAAGCAACAUCCAAGCCGCCAAAUGGCAGCAAUCCCUCAUCAGCAUCACUCUCACCUUCUUCACCCCUGCGAAUAUCACGCCAUUUUUUCUUCUUCUUCUGUUAAUCCUCCCUUAAAACCCUCUUCUUUCUUCUUAAACCCAUCAAUUACAUUCAUCAAAAGUUCACCCACAUUUCGAUGCCAUUCCCAAAAUCAACGCAAUUGGACCACUGUCGAUUAUCUUAUCUCCAAAAUCGACCCUAUUCAAAUCAUACCCAAUUCUUCUUCUACUUUAUCAAUGGCUUCAAAUUCUGAAGAAUCCAUUAAAUAUACUAAGAAAGUUUGCCUUUUCUAUUGCCCUGAUACCAAAGCCCUUGCUGAGAGAAUUGCCUCUCAAUCUGAUGCUAUUCAGCUUCGUAGCAUUUCUUGGAGGACUUUUGAAGAUGGCUUCCCGAACCUGUUCAUAUCUAAUGCUCAAGGUAUACGUGGAAAGCAUGUCGCUUUUCUGGCAUCAUUUAGUUCUCCUGGUGUAAUUUUUGAGCAACUCUCAGUGAUAUAUGCUCUUCCGAAGCUUUUUGUUGCCUCCUUCACGCUUGUUCUUCCCUUUUUUCCUACUGGCACUUCUGAGCGGAUGGAAGAUGAAGGGGACGUUGCAACUGCUUUCACUCUUGCUAGGAUUCUAUCAAAUAUACCAAUUUCAAGAGGAGGCCCUACCAGCUUGGUGACAUUCGAUAUACAUGCCUUGCAGGAAAGAUUUUACUUUGGUGACAAUAUAUUGCCAUGCUUCGAGAGUGGAAUACCUUUGCUCAAAAAGAGGCUGCAACAACUGCCUGAUUCUGACAACAUAUCUAUCGCUUUUCCUGAUGAUGGUGCAUGGAAACGGUUUCACAAGCAGCUUCAACACUUUCCUAUGAUUGUUUGUGCAAAAGUUCGUGAAGGUGAUCAACGUAUUGUUCGUCUGAAGGAAGGUGACCCUAGAGGACGUCAUGUUGUGAUUGUUGAUGACCUAGUACAAUCAGGUGGCACCCUUAUUGAAUGCCAGAAAGUAUUGGCUGCUCAUGGAGCUGCAAAGAUCAGUGCAUACGUCACACAUGGAAUCUUUCCGAAUAAAACAUGGGAACGCUUUCAACCUGAUAAUGCAGGUUGCCCUGAGGAGGGAAUGACAUACUUCUGGAUCACAGAUUCUUGUCCCCUUACAGUGAAGGAGGUGAAGAACAGGCCCCCUUUUGAAGUCAUUAGCCUUGCUGGGCCCAUAGCUAGCGCUCUUCAGAUUUAAGCAUGUUGGCAUGUUGCAAAAAUUAGCAAACAAUAGCACAGAACAAACUUUAAUUCACUUGGUGCAUCCAGUGUGGUUAAUUUGACGUGUGGUAUGUUGUCAUAAUUAGAGUUUGUAAUCUCUAGAGAUUGUAUGUAGGUUUUGGCAGAAUUUCAGCAGUUGUGUAAACAGCAAUGAUUUUAUGACACCAAUUUUAAGCUUCAAACGUA